AUGACUGUUGUGAGGAGGUUGCAGAAGGACGACGAUGAUAAUAAUAAAAGCACCCUGCAGCAACAUCCCGUUGUCUUUCACCGCUUUGACAAGGUCUAUGUGGUGGGAGAAAGUGGCAGCCAAGGGCUUCCUGGAAUCAGAGGAGAAAAAGGAGAGUCGGGCAGAGCCUAUGGCAGAGGAGAAAAAGGAGAAAAGGGUGAAGAAGGGCCUCCCGGCUUUCCUGGACUGAAAGGGGAUAAAGGAGAAAAAGGGUCCCUGGGCCCACCCGGCCCCCCUGGGAAGGAUGGAGCAAAAGGAGAAGCCGGUGAACCAGGACAGCCAGGAGCAUUUGGACUGCCUGGGCCAGAAGGUCCAAAGGGAUCCGAGGGAAAACAGGGUCCUCCAGGAAUUAAAGGCUACGUAGGCGCACCGGGAGAGCAAGGCCUAGAUGGGUUCCCUGGAAAGCCAGGUGUGGAGGGGAAACAGGGCCCUGCCGGCAGCCCGGGCCCUCCAGGUGCCAGUGGGACCAAAGGAGAAAAGGGUAAAAAGGGAGAACCAGGAUUCCCAGGAAUCAAUGGUCUGAUCGGCCCUCAGGGACCUCCAGGGCCCCCAGGCAUUGCUGGACCCCCUGGACCACCUGGAGCACCAGGACUGUCAGGAGAGAUUGGAGUUUCCGGUAAAACCGGACCACCGGGACCAGCUGGGUUGCCUGGCAAAGAUGGAUUGAAUGGGCUUCCUGGGCUUCCUGGUCAAAAGGGAGAACAAGGGGAAAAGGGUGAGGCAGGCUUUCCUGGAAAAGCUGGCCCUAAGGGUGAACCAGGGAGUCGUGGCCAACCUGGUGAGCAGGGUGAAGCAGGUCUCCCUGGUCCUCAGGGUUUACCUGGACUGAGAGGAGAAAAAGGAGACCAGGGAGAAAAAGGAAAAGAUGGUCUCCCAGGACUGAAAGGUGAAAGAGGAGAAAAGGGUGACACAGGUUCCCCUGGAGCACCAGGCUUACCUGGAACAUGGAUAGUCCUUCAGGAUGACUAUGUAAUUGCUAAGACAACCAUGUUGAGAUGUAUACGUCUUGUACAUGGUACAAAGCAGAGAGAGAACACACCAAGCACAGCCAUAGAGGUGAACCUGGACCAAAGGGAGAUAAAGGAGAUCAAGGAACGAGCGGAGAACCUGGAUUACCUGGGGUCCCGGGUGAACAAGGUAUCCCAGGACCUGCAGGAGCACAGGGUACAAAGGGGCAGAAAGGAGCCCGAGGAGAAGCUGGAGCCCCUGGAGAGACUGGUGAUCCUGGAAAAGAAGGAAAAGUGGGUUUACCUGGGCCAGCUGGUGAGCCAGGGCCUGCUGGAGAGCCAGGUUUGCCUGGUAAGGGUAAAGAUGGAGAACAGGGGCAAAGAGGCCCACCAGGCUUGCCAGGACCCUUUGGACAUAAGGGUCUACCUGGAAAUCCAGGGGAAAGAGGACCUCCUGGAAAACCAGUAUGGUUCCUCACCCCUGCUCUCUCCAGAGGACAUAAAUCUCUUAGUAAAGGAUGUGUGCAGCGAAUGCCCUCCUGGCCCACCAGGACUGCCAGGCAUCCCAGGUUUCAAAGGUGAUAAAGGCCUCCGAGGACCACCAGGUAGAGAUGGCCAGGAUGGGAAAAUGGGGAAUGCUGGUCCCAGAGGUCCUGCAGGUCCACCUGGCCUAGAUGGCCCAAAGGGUGCUAAAGGAGACCAUGGUAUGACUGGGGAUGCAGGAGAAAAAGGUGAACAGGGCCACCCUGGAAUGCCUGGCUUCUCAGGGGCUCCUGGAAACCCUGGUCCACCUGGUAAAGAUGGCCCUCCAGGUCCACAGGGCCCACCAGGGUUGCCUGGACUUCCAGGCAUUGCUGGGAAUGAUGGCAAAGAUGGCAAGCCAGGAUCUCUUGGGGAACCGGGAAAGCCUGGAGAACCAGGGCUCCCAGGCCAGGAAGGUGCCAGAGGCUUACCGGGUUUCAAAGGACAGAGAGGAGAUACAGGUCCCCCAGGACCCCGGGGGGAGCCAGGUGUGACAGGUCCUGCUGGUCGUGAGGGGCCACCAGGGAAGGAUGGUGAUACUGGUCCCAUAGGACCACAGGGCCCUCGAGGACCCAGAGGGCAGCCGGGCAAGAAUGGAUUGCCUGGAUCUGCAGGAGAACCUGGCCCAGCAGGUAACCCAGGUCCUAAAGGAAAUAAAGGAGAAAAUGGCAGCCCAGGACUCCCUGGCUUCAUAGGACCCCAAGGACCACCUGGAGAACCAGGAGAGAAAGGUCCUCCCGGAAAAGAGGGUGCUCCAGGGAAACCAGGUGAAAUUGGCUCCAAAGGAGAGAGGGGAGAGCCUGGCAUCAAAGGUGAAAAAGGCCUUCAAGGAGAAAAGGGCCCUCCAGGUGAUCCUGGGAUACCUGGUCAUAAAGGUCAUCCAGGACUGAUGGGUCCCCAUGGACCUCCAGGAGACAAUGGGCAAAUUGGACCUCCCGGUCCUCCAGGACAGCCAGGAUUUCCAGGACCGAGGGGGGAACCCCCAUCUCUAGAGACUUUGAGAAGGCUCAUCCAAGAGGAGUUAGCCAAGCAACUAGAUGCAAAGUUAGCUUAUCUCUUGGCUCAGAUCCAGCCUUCACAUGUAAAAGCAUCCCAUGGCAGACCAGGACCACCUGGUCCUCCCGGGAAGGAAGGGCUCCCAGGAAGAACUGGCCCUCCAGGAGAGCCUGGCCAGCCUGGCCAGCCUGGGUCUGAAGGACCGCCUGGACCAAUUGGUCCCAAAGGAGAAAGAGGAGCAAAGGGUGAGAAAGGUGACACUGGUGUUGGCCAACGAGGGGAAAUAGGUCCUCCAGGAAUUCCAGGCCUCCCAGGGGAGCCUGGCUAUGCUAAAGAUGGGAUGCCAGGACCGCCCGGCCCUCAAGGUGAAGCUGGUGUGCCUGGUCUCACAGGUCCACAGGGACCUCCGGGAGCCAGUGGACAGUGCGACCCCACUCAGUGCGCUUACUAUGCAAGCCUGGCUGUGAGACCUGCCAACGUCAAAGGGCCCUAGCAUGCAGGGAGUAUCCCCAGACUUGUUUUUAAAACUUGAAUUCAUCAUGCCUUCCGAAAGCUCUCAGAUAUCUUCAACUGUGUUUCUUUCAUGGGAGGCCUUCUAAAGUCAACAAAUGCUGCCGGUCGGUCAGAUUAUUUUUAUGAAUUAUAAUUAUUAUUGUUAUUAUCUUUGAUGUGAUAUGUGAAUUUGUUUUUGUUUUCUCUAACAUCAGGGCAUAUUAAAACAUUAAAAAU